UCGCGCAGUGGGAGACUCCUGGAAUGGGAAGAAGCAUGUUCAAGUCCGAGCCCGAGUCCCGCACGAAGCGCAAGAGGAGGAGGCCGGCAGCCUCUCCCUCUUCUCCCCCACCCCCCGCCCCGUUCUCCUCCCACCCCAUGGAUUUCUCCGGCCCCUUCCGCGAUAGCGUCCGCCGCUUCCUCGAGGAACGCGCCAAGCGCCAAGACCGCUCCACCGUCGACGGCUACCCCGCGUGGCGCACCGUCGUGGGCAGCGUCCCCGGCAGCGGCGUCGUCGUCCCCCUCUACACCGUCGAGGAGGACGUCCAAGGCUCCCCGCGGCCCUUCUGCGACGUCUGCAGAUGCGUCGGUUGGAGUCACCAUUUUGUGUCCAAGAGGAGAUAUCACUUCAUCAUUCCCAGAGAAGGUGAAUGGACUGAACCCAUGAGCGGAGACAUACUCAAGCUUGACACUCAUCUUUUACAUGGCAUGAUCCACUGCAAUGGUUUCGGGCAUCUUCUCUGUAUUGAUCGUGAUGAGGAGGGCUCUCGUUCUAAUCACGCAGAAGCAUUGAUGGACCUGUGGGAUCAAAUCUGUGCGAAUCUUCGAGCCAGGAAAAUCACAGUCCAUGAUAUGUCAAGGAAGCGUUCCAUGGACCUUCCGUCGCUGUAUGAACUUGCAUAUGGACGCUCUUGGUUUGCGAAAUGGGGUUACAAGUUUAAUCUUGGAAGUUUCGGAGUCACAGAAGAGAAAUACAGCAGAGCACUUGAAGUUCUUGGAUCAUUAGAUAUCAACACCAUUGUUCAAGACUUUAUUCACACAAGCCAUGGCAGAGCAAUUCGGCAAAUCAUACGUAAAUAUGAAGUUGCCAGUGAGUCUCGAUUGGUCACCAUUAGUGACCUGCUGAAGUUUGUUCUUGCUUUCAAGCACAAACAUCCGAUCCAGAAAAAUACUACCAUGGAAGGAUACCCUGCGGUCUGUUCUGAAUCGCCAAUGGUAACAGACAAUCGAAAGCCUAUUCAGCUCAAUACAAUUGAUAAUAUUGCACCAGCACUGUCUGCUAAUAUCUCAAGAUCCUAUGAAGAGAAGAAUAGCACAGUUGACGAUAAUUCUGCAAAAGAUACAUCUUCAAUUUCCGCACUUCCUGUUGCAGAAUUAUAUUCUAGAUGGCCAACAAAAAGGUUGGAGCAUGCAGCUAAAAUUAUAGUCAACACUUUGAAAGAACACAAAGCAGAUGCUAAAGGACACCAAAGCAUGUCCAGGCAAGAAUUGCGAGAUGCUGUCCGUCUAUAUAUCGGAGAUACUGGACUAAUUGAUUUCGUCAUAAAAAACAUAGACAAUACAAUCGUGGGCAGUCGGAUUGUUCGUCGCAAGAUGAACCCCCGAACCAAAACUCUGGAAUUUACUGUUCAAGAAGCUGGCAAGGUGGAAAAGCUUGAAGAUAGAGAUAGUUUGCGUUCACGUUCUCCAGCUGUAGAGCAAGAGUUUGAUGUUUACAAGGACUUGUUGUGUUUGUAUGAGAACAUUUUGUUUGGCUACCCGGAUUCUCACCCUGUGAGUUUGGCUACCGGGGUGAUCCGGGACAGUAAGCAUUUCGUCAAGGAAUGGAAAUAUGCAAACGCAAAGGAUGAGAAGCUCAUGAGAAUCACAUGCAGAGUCAUGCCAACUUACGCUGAGUUGGUGUCGCAUUUGACACGGUCACUCCCGCCAGGCGAGUUGGUUGAUGUCCCUCAAAGCGCGACGAACGGCGAGCUCAAGCUGGCUGUGCAGAGAGCACUGAGGGACACAUACGUCAUAAUGGACCAGUUCAUUGUGAGGGAAGUGAAAGCUUGCGAAACGCAGGUGCGCGAUGACCAGCAAGUGCAGCAUUCUGUUCUGGAGUCACAAAUGGAGGUGUUGGUCAGAGGGCAAGGGCUAGACUUGAAGAGUAAACUGAGGUAUGAAGGCGGGACAGAUAAUUGGAUGGUGGAUCAUCAAGAGGACAAUGGCGAGAGGAUGGUGGCUUGUGAUGCUUGUCAGGGGUGGCAGCAUACCUUGUGCGCCGGUAUCAAGGACGACGAUAUGUUCAUAUGUGGUAGGUGCAAUGCAGCGAAGCACAAGAAGAACUGACUAGGUAUAUAUGUUCCUUUUUUGUUCCUUUCCUUUCUGGGGUCAGAGAACUGGUAAAUAUCAUUCAGUCAAUUUUGUUCAUGGCUCUCUAACAUAUAGUCAAGAACUGUUUUUUUUGCUUGAUCAGGAUCACCCUGUAGUUGUGGUUCUUUAGAUGAACUGAACAGGCAUAAUAGAUCCGAUUCUUUUAUUCACUUUGGAAUUAGUGAAAGAGCUCUCAGAUCUUGCUGUUUACAUACCUGGAGGGGGUUCAGAAAAUUUGAAUUGGUGGGUGUUGUUUUUUCUUUGGCCCAAAAGAUUCUUCGUGGGAAUAUCUUGGGGGGCUGGACAGAGAGUACUCCCAUG